AUGUCUGGAAGAAUAGGGGUAGCUAGCAAUGCCACUGGAACUAAACAUGCCGAUUUGCCUGCAUCUGUUGCAGUCGUUGAUCUGAAUAGUUUGGUGUUACAAGAUGUUCCCACCAUUUAUAACAAUGAAUACAGCAAUGCUUCAAGCUCUUUGCUAUUUUUAAACAGUGGAAGCAACCCUUCCCACACAUUUGCAUCAAAUUUUGAACGAAAUUUUCCCUCCAAUGAUGAUUCUGCCUCACCUUUGGAAGCUGGGACAAGUUCUCAACCAAUUUCUGUACCUGUUUGUCUUGCUGAUCGUGCUACUCUACACUAUCUAUUAGCCAGAGAUACUCAAAGUGUUAAUUCUGUUGCAAAUUCGCUCAUCACUGGACAAGCAGCUUAUCAGAAAAAAAGAAAAAGAAUUGAUCCAGAAUAUGUUGAUUUUGGAUUAAGAGAUUGCCAAUGUCAAUACUGCAAUGCUCUGUUUUGGCCUGCAGAGCAAACAAAGAAGCAUGCUAAGCAUACUUCCUCUGUUUCAACCCCGCAAUUUACUGCGUGUUGCAUGAGCAACAAAGUACACUUUGCACGUGCUAAACCCACUCCUGCUUAUUUGGAACAUUUGUUAAACCCCAUGAAUUCUCAAGCCUUUUUGAAGUUUAAAACAAAUAUUAGAUCAUAUAAUUCAAUAAUGGCAUUAACUUCAAUGGGGGCCAAAGUUGAUCCGUCUAUCAACAAGCGUCGGGGUCCAUAUGUUUUUAAGAUUAACGAACCGUCUGAAAAACUUGAUCAACAGAUUGUUGGUGACCUCAUCAAAAUGCUGGAUGAGUGUAAUGAAGUUGUUAAGCUUUUUAGGCUCGCCAGGGAUAGGAUUAAUGAAGGGUCCAUAAGUAAUUUAAGGCUGCGUUUAUAUGGUGCACAGAGCAAUCGUGAUGUGCAGUACAAUUUGCCGACAUGUGACGGGAUUGGUGGGUUGAUAGUUGGGGAUAUCGGCCAAUUUCACACCGAAAGAGAUAUUGUUGUGGAGCAUAAGACUGAUGGCCUGCAGAGAAUCACAAAGUUACAUCCUAAGUACAUGGCACUUCAAUAUCCUCUUCUUCUCCCAUACGGUGAAGAUGGUUAUAGGAAAGGUCUCCCUUGGAAUCCCAAUUUUAGGGGGAGAAAACCAAAGGAUGGCAGCGGGGUAUCCAUGAGAGCAUUUUUUGGUUAUCAAAUUCAGGAUAGACCAGGCCAUACUGACACCCUGUUAAAAGGUGGGAGAUUGUUUCAACAAUACUUGGUUGAUGCAUAUGCGACACUUGAAGAAGACAGGUUAGAUUUCAUUAGAGCAAAUCAAGAUUCUUUGAGAACAGAAGGUCUUAAAGGAAUUCAUGAAGCACUUAAAGCAGGAAAUGCAGCUGGUUCUGCUGUUGGCAAGAGGGUUAUUCUGCCAACUUCGUUUACAGGUAGUGCUAGAUAUAUGAUAAAUAAUUAUCAGGAUGCCAUGGCUAUAUGUCGUCAGUUUGGAAAUCCUGAUUUAUUUAUCACUUUUACCUGUAAUGCUAAAUGGCCUGAAAUUAUUGAAGAUCUGCGUGAUAAACCUGGUUGUAAAGCUGAAGAUAGACCAGAUCUAAUUUCUAGAAUUUUUAAGGCAAAACUUGACCAUAUGAUUAAAUACCUCAAAUCAGGAAAACCUUUUGGCGACGUCGAAUCUGUCCUUUACACAGUGGAGUUCCAGAAAAGAGGUCUUCCUCAUUGUCAUAUCUUACUUUGGGUCAAAAAGCAUUAUAAGUGUCAUUCUCCUUAUGAUGUUGAUUCUAUAAUUUCGGCUGAGAUUCCUGAUCAAAGAUGUGACAAGGCUGGGUAUGAUGCAGUUUCACAAUACAUGAUACACGGUCCAUGUGGUGCUGCAAAUAAAUUUUCACCUUGCAUGAAAGAAAACAAGUGUUCAAAAAAAUUUCCUAAAUCUUUCACAAGUGAAACCACUUUUUCUGACGAGGGUUUUGUUAAGUAUAAGCGUCGAGAUAUAGAAAAUCUUUUUGUUCAAAAAAAUGGAAUCAAGCUUGAUAAUGCAUUUGUCGUCCCUUACAACCGUGAGCUAUUAUUGAAGUAUCAAGCACAUAUAAAUGUUGAAUCAUGUUGUCAAUCGAUGCUUAUUAAAUAUCUUUUUAAGUACAUAACUAAAGGUGCUGAUCGAGCUAGAGCUGUUUUCGAGGAUGAAGAGUUUGAUGAGAUUGUGGCUUAUCUAAACUGUAGAUACUUAUGCCCUUACGAAGCAGUUUGGAGAUUGUUACAGUUUCACAUUCAUUUUAGAGAACCAUCGGUUCAGAGAUUGUCUGUGCACCUUCCAUCUGACCAAAAUGUGGUUUUCAAAGAGACUGAUGAUCUCAACCAUGUUGUUAACAACCCUAAUCUUGAAAGCACAAUGUUAACACAAUGGUUUCAAACCAAUGUUGAAGACCCUGAUGCACGUGAGUUAUCUUACGUUGAAUUUCCUACAAAGUAUGUAUGGAAAAAUGAUGAGAAACAGUGGUCCCGUAGAAAAAAAGGCAGAUCUUUAGGUAGGGUUGCAUAUGUUCACCCUGCUGCCGGUGAAUUAUAUUACCUGAGAUUGUUGCUAAAUUACCAAAAAGGCAGCUUUGGAUUUGACCAUCUGAGGACCGUCAAUGCUGUUCUUCAACCCACAUUUCAAGCUGCAUGCACCUCUCUUGGUUUAUUAGGUGAUGAUAGGGAAUGGAAUAACGCUAUGUUAGAAGCUGUUCUCACUGCAUCAUCCUCUCAACUUAGGCAAUUGUUUGUCACAUUGGUUCUCUUUUGUGAUGUUGCUGAUCCAUCAGCUUUGUUUGAAACGCAUUGGAAGACGAUGUGUGAUGACAUUGUGAAAAAUAUGAUGAAUGCUUUUGGCUUGCAAAAUGUUUCUAAAUACCAAGAUGAAGUUAGAAAUUUACUUUUGUACGAGUUAGAAAAACUGUUUGUUGCUGCAAAUAGUUCUUUGUUGAAGCAUCACUUACCGCAACCAAGCAAUUUGAUGAUGGAUAGGCUUGCAAAUCGCAGUUCGCAGUUUGAGAGAAGA